AUGUCUCUGUCAACUAGUAAGCUGCAACGGAUACAAGAGCUAUGUGUUAGAGGUAGUUAUAAGCGGGCAGUUGAGAUAGCAGUACCACCCAAGGGUCCAGUAAGGGGGGCCUUGGUCCACGCUAUGAUCACUGGUCUGGCCCGUAGCCUUGGACCGGGGACAUGGACGGAGGAUGAGAAGUUCCAGUUAGCUUUGAAGAGGGCCUUUGUAGAGAAUGGAGGUAGAGGUUUCUCGCAGUUGGAGCUGUCAGAGAGUAAAGAGGCUUUGAAUAGGCUAGGUGUAGGUAAAAGUACCGGUACCUACUAUUGCAAUUUCAUGGAGGAAGCCCUCGACCCCUACACGUAUGGCAGCACAUGA